AUGUUAGAAUCAGUUUACCAACAAAUGAAGCAUCAUUAUAAAGAACAUGGAACUAUGGACUGUUUAUUCGAGCCAGUAGAAGAGGUAGAAGACAAAACAAUUAAGCCCUAUUUAACCAAAGUUUACCGAGAUUAUCAGAAUGCUAAAAAGAAAGAACAAGCCCGCGAACAGGCUAACGGAGAAAGAACUCCCCAUAUCUUUAUUGAACCAACUCAAAUUAUCGCUCUUACUAAUUAA